GUUUUCGCGCGUUGGGGUGUUCGCAGGUGACCAAGAUGCAAGUUUUCUGGAGGAAAGCGGAGGAAGCUGAGGUUGGCAGGAGACCAGAAGAAUGCUUGUUACCCACAUAGUCUUCAGUUUUACCUGGAGCCACCUUCUGAAAACAUAUCUCUAAUAGAGUUUGAGAACUUGGCUAUUGAUAGACUUAAAUUGCUAAAAACAGUCGAAAAUCUUGGUGUGAGCUAUGUGAAAGGAACUGAGCAAUAUCAGAGUAAAUUGGAGACUGAAAUUCGAAAGCUCAAGUUUUCCUUCAGAGAAAACUUAGAAGAUGAAUAUGAACCACGAAGAAAGGAUCAUAUUUCUCAUUUUAUUUUGCGCCUUGCUUAUUGUCAGUCUGAGGAUCUUAGACGCUGGUUCAUUCAACAAGAAACGGAUCUCCUCCAAUUUCGAUUCACUAUUUUACCAAAGGAUAAAAUUCAAAAUUUCUUGAAGGAUAGCCAUUUGCAGUUUGAGGCUAUAAGUGAUGAAGAGAAGAAUCAUCGAGAACAGGAGAUUAUUACCUCAUCAGUAAGUCUAACUGGGGCUCAGUUGGAAUUGGAAUCAGUGUAUAAGAGCCCGUUUGGUGAUGCUCUGGAUUUGUUCCGAGGAAGGAGAGUCUAUUUAGAAGAUGGUUUUGCUUAUGUGCCACUUAAGGACAUUGUAGCAAGUAUUCUGAAUGAAUUUAGAGCAAAAUUGUCCAAGGCUUUGGCGUUGACUGCCCGAUCUUUGCCUGCUAUGCAGUCAGACAAGCGACUUCAGCCUCUGCUCAGCCACCUUAGUCAUUCCUACGCUGGCUAGGAUUACAGUACACAGGGAAACACAGGGAAGAUUUCUUUAGAUCAGAUUGAUUCGCUUUCGACCACGUCCUUUCCACCCUGCAUGCGCCAGCUGCACAAGGCCUUGCGGGAAAACCACCACCUCCGACAUGGAGGCCGCAUGCAGUAUGGGCUCUUCCUGAAGGGCAUCGGCCUAACCCUGGAGCAGGCUCUGGAGUUCUGGAAGCGAGAAUUUGUCAGAGGAGAGAUGGAUCCGGACAAGUUUGAUAGAGGUUACUCUUACAAUAUCCGCCAUAGCUUCAGAAAGGAAGGCAAGAGGACAGACUAUACACCUUACAGUUGCAUGAAAAUUAUUCUAACCAAUCCACCAGGCCAAGGGGAUUAUCACGGGUGCCCAUUCCAUCACAGUGAUCCGGAGCUGCUGAAGCAGAAGCUGCAGUCAUACAAGAUUUCUUCCCAAAGGAUAAGCCAGAUUCUGGAUUUAAUAAAGGGGACACAUUACCAGGUAGCCUGUCAGAAGUACUUCGAGAUGAUCCAUAAUGUAGAUGAUUGUGGCUUUUCCUUGAAUCAUCCCAGUCAGUUCUUUGAUGAGAGCCAGUGGAUCCUAAAUGGUGGAAAAGACAUCAAGAAGGAAUCCAUCCAACCAGAAACUCCUCAAGCCAAACCAAGUGUCCAGAAAUCCAAGGAUGCAUCUUCUGCUCUGUCCUCUUUAAACUCCUCCCUGGAAGCGGACAUGGAGGGCCUGGAAGACUACUUCAGCCAGUGAUGCUUGAGCAGUUUAGGGGCUUUUCUCCCCACUGGCCAUCAUUUCCUAGUUUUAAGAUUUUUGGUUUAAUUUCUCCCCCCACCUUAAUUCAAUCUGUGUACACACAUACAUAGAAGUUCUGUUUUAGGACUGGUUAAAGUCCCCCAGAAACAGUACAGCUAAAAAUAACUUUUAGCUCUUAUUCUGUAAUUUUGACCCACUCCUUUUUCUGAACCAUUUUUGCUAAUAAAUGCCAAAAUGUAAAAAAAAAAAAAAA